CAUCUUCUUUCAUUUCUAGAAUUUCCUGCUGGUAUCCUCCAGGGUGUCUUCUUCAGCGAUGAUCGUCCACGAUACAUGAACUAUGGUGCAAUAGGCUUCGUAAUUGGUCAUGAAAUCACGCACGGAUUCGAUGAUCAAGGCAGACAGUUCGACAAGAAUGGUAACCUGGUCAACUGGUGGCAGGAAUCCACGAAAAAGGCCUUUGUUGAAAAAGCACAGUGCAUCAUAGACCAGUAUGGAAAUUAUAGCGUUCCGGAACUGAAACUCAAUCUAAACGGUAUUAAUACACAAGGGGAAAACAUAGCUGAUAUUGGUGGUAUCAAGGAGGCGUAUUUAGCUUAUAAUAGAUGGCUUGAGAGAAGUGGUGAUGAACCUUAUCUCCCGGGAUUGAACUUCACCGGUCGGCAAAUGUUCUGGGUCUCAGCGGCCAGCAUCUGGUGUUCUAGGACCAGAAUGGAAGAGCUACAACAGUUGAUCAUAACAGAUGAGCAUGUUCCUGAUAAGUUUAGAGUGAUAGGGCCCAUGUCAAACUCAGAUGAUUUCGCAAGAGAUUUCAAAUGUCCAGUCGGUUCUAAAAUGAAUCCACAGCAUAAGUGUAAAAUUUGGUAGUGAUACAGGAACGUAUUAUUUGAAAAAUGAUCUAUAAUAAUACGUAUUCAGCUACGGAAAAUCAUGAACCUUGUACAUCAAAAAUCUAUUGUUUUCGCUCAUGAGUUAGUAUAUUAUUUAAAGAAAUCUGAACUAUUCGGAUUAUUUUGUUUUCAUGUUAUCAAAAUGGAAUAAAGGGAACCAUCUCAAUCUCGAAGAAUCGAUCUGAAUAAUAUCUUGAAUGAUUUAGCACCGUAUCAGAUCAGAGAACAAUUCAAAAUGUGAUAAAGUGAAAUCGAACCAAUUUUUUUCUCCAACCAUUCAGAGAUACUCUUUCAACUUUCCAGAAUAUUUUCCAAUCGUUUCGUAUUUAUUUCUAUUUGUUGAAUAGAGGAUAUCACAAAAGGAUUGCAUUAGAGUUUUUCGGAACUGAUAUAUUGUAUAUCAUAAAAUAAACUUCAAACUUUUUGGAAACAAUCCCAAUUGGAAAUAUAUAUCCCCAAUAUUUUCUCAUGUUUUGAAAUUGAUCGUUUUUUUAAUUUGGUAGGGGAAUCCAAAAAGAAAUCAUGGAAAUUGAUAUGGUGGGUACUGUGAAAAUUCCUUUCAGUCAUUUUUUCACGGAAACGGAUUAAUAGUGCUAUCUGAUAGCAUACUUUUCGAAUAGCCUGUGAUCUUUCAUAUCAAAAGCAGUUCGUCAACUGAAAGAUAUGUUUGAAAAUAGACGGUACUGGGAAAAAAUUCCGAGAGUCGUUAUGCGUGCAGAGGUUCGAGAAGACAAAAGAAAGGUCUUGAGGAGUAUUCAAGUCGAACCCAUUUCAUUUAUUGUGAUUGAAUGUGAAGUGGAUUUAGUUUUUCAAGACUGAUCAUCUCUCGUCAUUCUACCCAACACAUUGUCCAAUUUUCAACAGACAAUUCGAAAGUUGGAAGUUUCAGUAAUUAGAAACAGGAACGUCAGACUGUAGAGCCACUUCAAAAUUUGUAUAGUGGAAAACUACAAUUGAAGCUGCUCAUAUUGCGAUCUUCACCAUUCAUCUUAGUUCAUAGAAAGUCCACAGGCAAGGAAUUUUCACAAGAAUUCAACCGCAGAAAAUGUACUCAAUGAGAAACGUGAUGAGGAAUACGUGGAAAUGAUUCAAAAUAGAAUAUACUUCAAUUGAUGUGCUGCAUAUUGACAUGAAUAGCAGAUCAUAUUAGUUGUAGAAUGAAAGAUGGAAUACUAUUAUUUUUUCAUCAUGGUUAAUAUUCUCUUUGAAAAACCGAUUUUACCACUUUCUCCAGUUGAAAAUUGCAUAUAACCAUAAUCAAUUUUCUACACCAUUCUUCUUUUCCCCACAUUCCACAUUACAAAAUUUCAAUAAUUGAUAACACCCAUUUGUGAGUCUACCGAUUCAUCAGAUGAAUUCAUCAAAUUAGCCCUUGCUAUUGCAAGGCUUUUUUGCAGUGAUUCACUACGGAAAAGCUACUGUGAUAGCGAAACAUGUCGUGAUACAUUUUUUGAAAAUGAAGUUUGUGAAGAUCAAAUCGUGAGGUGAACUUUAAUAAAUUACUAUGGAUCUACAUCAAGUAACGGCCGUAUCAAUCAGAUAUCCAACAGACACGAUGAAUUUGUAUGAAAAUGACAGUUGUAAAAUGUGAAACAUGAAUUAAUCUUUAUAUUUCAUUAUGAGUCAUUCUCAUUUCACUUACUUUUUGCACCGUAUUCUGGAGAGGUAACUGCAACUGAAAAAGAAGUUUCCAAUUGUCAAACCUGUGAUACAUACAAAAAAUAAAAGUGAAUGAAGAAUGAAAGACAUCCACUAAUUGAACAUUUCAUGUGUAACAAUAAUGUUCAUGGACAAUGUUCAUGGGCAUCUUAUGCAUGUCCAUUCAACAUCCAUGUUUGAAAUGACAAAUGAUGAACUUCCCAUUUAUAUUCAUUGUAUGUCCCUUCAAUGUCCAUAUCUAUACGGACCACAAUACGAGUAGGACCACUAGGAGAUCUCCAUUGGAAAUCCUUUGUUCUCUCAGCUAUUAUACAGUGAUUUAUCAUCAUGAUGGAUACAUUGUAAAACGAUCAAAUUCCUAAAGCUUUUUGAAUUGCCGAUAUCCUGAUUUAUUUCUGAUGUGAGAUGCCCUAAAUAUAUUUUUACUACGAAAUGAAUCUAUCUAAUUUGGAAUUCAUAUGUGUACAAGGUUCUUUUUGAUAACCGCAAGAUGAUAAAAUAUCAAUAUCGUCUCGUUUGAACAAUUUCCGAGAAAUUGACUAUUAUUCAAUAAAAUACGAUAUCGGUGGUCGAUUAGAUCAUUAGUGGCCGUCUGGAUUCAAGUUUUAUCAACCCUGAACUGGACAUUUGACUAUAAAAGUAUCUAUUGAACAAUUUCUAUGUUGUAGUGACAUAACAAUGUGGUGAGUGAUCCGGUCAUCAUUCAUAGAAACAUGUAAUGAUCUAUAGUUUUACCGAAAAUGGCAUUGUUGAGUAAUUGCCAAAAAAUUUCUCCAUUUUCGAUUUUGAAUGCGAAUGUUUUGCAAUUUCCCAUUAUAUUCAUUUCUCAAACAUUUCAAAACGGAUAGCUUCAAUUAAUAUUUUAUUCUGAUUGAUAUCCUGAUAAUUUUUAUUAUUCAAAAGUUAAUGAACUGAUUUUGACCGGAUCAUGACUGCCAUCAUUUUAGUACUCACCCUUUCCAAUUUGAACCUCUUUGUUAAGGCAUGUUUUGAUAAUAAAUCUACUUUUUGAAA